GGGGCGUCGGCGCGCGGUGCAACUGGCUUCCCUGACAAACGCCCUAGCGGUGAUCGCGACAGUCUUUUCGCCUUCCUACCUGCUGGUGCUGGUCAUGCGCGUCCUGGCGGGCAUCACCAUGACCAGCAUGGUCAUCUCGGGUUGGAGCCUCUCUCUUGAGUGCUGCCCUUGCAAAUACCGUGGUUUGCUGGGGAUGUUGCUCGGCCUGCCGUACUCGGUGUCUGUGAUCUGCUGUGCCGGAAUAGCCUACCUGAUCCGCACUUGGCAGUUCGUCUUCCUGAUUGGCGCAAGCCCUGUGCUAAUCCUGCUCCCCAUUAGCUUGUGAGCAUAUUAGACUAUUUAUAAAUACAUAAUGCAUGU